UCGUAAGUACCGUGAAAUGUUUGGCGCGUGGCUAGUGCAACAAUAAUGCAACUGUUUUUUCUUCUAACUACCUGCGCAGUCUGAUACUUUUGAAAAUUAUAUGGUUUAAGGUUCGUCAAAAUUCUGGUUUAUUUGGUUUCGUUUUGAUUUAUGGCAUUUGGCUGUUUUCCUUGUGGUGGCAACAAACAAAAUUUUUACAAAAUGGCCGAAGUUCUGAACGAGCAAGGAAAUGCUGCCCGGGCGACUACGUUCCUCGAACAUAUGGCUGCAUUAGACAUUGACUCAGUCCCAGCAUCACUGCGGAUGUCAGGCAUCGUGUGCACGAUUGGCCCUGCCUCACGAUCUGUAGAAACGUUGGUUCAGCUGAUGGAGGCCGGCAUGACAGUGGUGAGGUUGAAUUUUUCGCACGGCACGCAUGAAUAUCACAAAGAGACUGUGGAUAAUGUAAGAAAAGCGGCUGAAGUCUAUGGUGAGAAAAGAGGAUUUCCUUUCUCGCUUGGCGUUGCAUUGGACACGAAAGGUCCUGAGAUUCGCACUGGUUUGAUUGAUGGAAGUGGAACUGGAGAGGCAGUAUUAGUAACUGGUGAAAAAAUCACGGUCACCACUGAUAAAGCAUUUGCGGAGAAGUGCAGCAAGGAUACGCUAUACGUCGACUACGACAACAUUACAAAGGUUAUUAAAGCCGGAAGCCGGAUAUUUGUGGACGAUGGAUUGAUUUCUCUGCAAGCGGAGGAAGUUAGCGGUAACAAAAUCAAAUGUGUCAUCGAGAACGGCGGAAAGGUUGGCUCUAAGAAAGGAGUCAACCUGCCAGGAACCCCCGUGGACCUGCCUGCGGUAUCCGAGAAAGACAAAGGAGAUCUUGAAUUGGGAUUGGAUGUCGGAGUUGAUUUUGUGUUCGCGUCAUUCAUUCGUGAUGCUGAGGGUGUUCAUACCAUCCGGAAAAUUCUCGGAGACAAAGGAAAACACAUAAUGAUCAUACCCAAGCUGGAAAACCACCAAGGUAUAAAGAACAUGGACUCAAUCAUUGACGCCGCAGAUGGCAUCAUGGUAGCCCGUGGAGACAUGGGCAUCGAAAUUCCUCCGGAGAAGGUAUUUAUUGCACAAAAAGGUAUGAUUGCACGCUGUAAUAUCGCCGGCAAACCGGUGAUUUGUGCCACUCAGAUGUUGGACUCGAUGAUCGAAAAGCCCAGACCUACCCGAGCAGAGGUCUCUGAUGUGGCCAACGCUGUCCUGGAUGGCGCUGACUGUGUCAUGCUCUCGGGAGAGAGUGCCAAGGGCCUCUACCCCGUGCAGUGCGUUUCCAUCAUGGCCAAGAUAUGCAAGGAGGCGGAGGCUGCAAUUUGGCACAAGAGCACCUUCUUGGACCUAACAUCGCAGAUUAGCAAGGCGGACCACGCGCACUCGGUGGCCAUCGCGUCUGUGGAGGCGUCGUUCAAGGUGAAGGCGUCGGCCAUCAUCGUGCUGACGACCAGCGGCCGGUCGGCGCACCUGCUCAGCCGGUACCGGCCGCACUGCCCCAUCAUCUGCGUGACCCGGCACGCCAUGGUGGCCCGCCAGUGCCAGCUGUACCGCAGCAUCUUUCCGCUGCUGCACACUGCCGCGCGCCAGAGCGACUGGCUCCAGGACGUCGAGCUGCGUGUCCAGUACGCCAUGAAGUUCGGCAAGGACAGGGGCUUUGUUGCCAAGGGCGACCCGGUGCUCAUUAUCACCGGCUGGCAGUCGGGCGCAGGAUACACCAAUACCAUGCGCAUUGUCUACGCUCAGUAGCCAGCCGCCUUAUGGGUUAUUUGUCACCAACAAUGUAUCAGUUUGUUCUAAAACAGUUUUCAUUUGAUUUAUCCUCUGGCCCUCCUACAUAAUAAAAUUGUUACCUACCCAAUAAAA